GGGAGUAAAGAGCCCCCAAAGCCGAGUUUGGUUUUGUCUCUGACUCUGUUUCAAUAAGCAUUUCAUGCUUGUUUUGUAGUUUUUGUUUUUCUGCCUCUUUUAACUUUUUCUUGGUUUGUAUAGCAAGAUUUGAAACUGGGUUCACCUUCAUUUUGUGAUCGUUCUGAAAGUGGGUCUGUUGCUGCAAUAGAGUGCUUUUGAUCUACUUACUGACAAAAGUUCAGCUUGCUGUCUCUACUACAUUGCCUAGUCGUAACUCACAAGCAAUAAUCACGGCUCUUGAAACCAAGUAAAAGAUUCGUGUUCUUUUCGCAAGGUCAAGCUGCUCCUUUAUAACCAAAGCACAUUUAGUACUUUCUCAGGCAGGCUCCAAUCUGUCCAUUCCACAGAACUAAAGAAAGUAUCCUAAUGGACCAGAUGACGACGUCCAGGACCAUAAUUCCAGGCACAUUUCAGGUCAGUCAGGAUGAUAUUACAGGCCAAAUUGGGUUGAUUUGGCAGCAAACAAAGGCGCCAUUGAUCGUGCCUGUUCUGAAAGUUAUGGUGGUUUUGUGUCUGGCAAUGUCAAUAAUGCUUUUUGUUGAAAAGGUGUAUAUGGUAAUUGUUAUAGUCUUUGUCAAGUUGUUAGGGAGAAAACCUGAGAAGAGGUACAAAUGGGAGUCAAUGAAGGAUGAUGUUGAGCUUGGUAAUUCUGCUUACCCUAUGGUUUUAGUACAAAUCCCAAUGUACAAUGAAAAAGAGGUUUAUCAGCUGUCAAUUGGAGCUGCAUGUGGACUUUCAUGGCCAGCUGAUCGGAUCAUAAUUCAAGUGCUCGAUGAUUCGACAGAUCCUGCCAUUAAGACCCUGGUGGAACUAGAAUGCCAAAGAUGGGCAAACAAAGGCAUAAACAUAAAGUAUGAGACAAGGGACAACAGGAAUGGAUACAAAGCAGGUGCUCUGAAAGAAGGCAUGAAACAUAGCUAUGUCAAACAAUGCGACUAUGUGGCCAUUUUCGAUGCUGAUUUCCAGCCUGAGCCAGACUUCCUCUGGCGUACCAUCCCAUUUCUUGUCAACAACCCUGAAAUUGCACUUGUUCAAGCACGUUGGAAAUUUGUCAACUCUGAUGAAUGCUUAAUGACAAGGAUGCAAGAGAUGUCAUUGGAUUACCAUUUCAUAGUGGAGCAAGAAGUGGGGUCUUCGACCUAUGCUUUCUUUGGUUUCAAUGGGACGGCUGGUGUCUGGAGAAUUUCAGCACUCAAUGAAGCUGGGGGAUGGAAAGACAGAACAACAGUGGAAGACAUGGAUCUGGCUGUCCGAGCUAGUCUUAAAGGCUGGAAAUUCGUUUAUGUCAGUGACCUCAAGGUUAAAAAUGAACUGCCAAGUACUUUCAAAGCCUACAGAUAUCAACAGCACAGAUGGUCAUGUGGCCCUGCAAACCUCUUCAGAAAAAUGGCAAUGGAGAUCAUAAGAAAUAGGAAAGUUUCUCUCUGGAAGAAGUUUUAUGUGAUCUACAGCUUCUUCUUUGUCCGAAAGAUUGUGGCUCACCUUGUCACAUUUGUUUUCUACUGUGUUGUUUUACCGGCAACUGUUUUUGUCCCUGAAGUUGAAGUUCCCAAGUGGGGGGCUGUCUACAUUCCUUCCACCAUCACUCUUCUCAAUGCUAUUGGGACUCCAAGGUCACUGCAUCUAGUGAUAUUCUGGAUUCUUUUUGAGAAUGUUAUGUCUCUGCAUCGGACAAAGGCAACAUUUAUUGGUCUGCUGGAGGCAGGAAGAGUGAAUGAAUGGGUUGUUACAGAGAAAUUGGGAGAUGCUCUCAAGACAAAACUAGGUCCAAAAGCUCCCAGGAAACCUCGCAUUCGAAUUGGAGAAAGACUCUAUUUGCUAGAGCUUGCUGUUGGGGCAUACCUCUUCUUCUGUGGCUGCUAUGAUCUCGCUUUUGGAAAGAAUCGCUAUUUCAUAUUCCUCUUCCUGCAAUCCAUUGCCUUCUUCAUCGCCAGUGUUGGUUAUGUUGGAACCUUUGUUCCAACCUCUUAGCAAAAUCAUCAAACAAAAAUCAUCACCGUUUCUGUCUUCUCCAAAUAUAUAUGAUACUUCAAUUUCUUUGAUUGGUUUUUUUUCCCUUUCAAAUUGUCACAGUUUUUAGAUUAUUACAGAGGCUGGUCAUUCUUUUGUGCUGGGCAUAAGUGGAUUUGAGUAAUCAGUUGAAUUAUAAUUUUCUCUUGUACAAACAUGUUCAAGAAAAAUGAAAGAAAUUAUAUGAAAAAUAUUGUUCAA